AUGGGAUUGGCCGAGGCAAGGGUGGAGGCCGCUCCGGCCGCCCCCGGCGCCGCCAUCCCUGACGCCGCCGCCAGGGCAGGCGCCACCGCCCCGGAUGCCGCUGGCCUCGUCGACGGCCCCAACACGUGCGCCGCCAUCCCUGUCAAGGUCGCCGCGGCCCUUGUCAAUGCUGACGUGCGUCCCGAUCCGUCCGCCGCCGCCACCGUCUCUGUCGCGGUUGCUGGAGCGGGCGUUCCCAUUCCCGCCGCCGCUGCGGCCUUCGUCGCGGCCACUGAGGCAGGCGUCCCCACCUCCGUCGUGGCCGCCGGGGCAGGCACCCUCACCUCCGCCGCCGCCGCCACGUUCGCCGCAGCUGCCGGGGCGGAUAUCCCCGCCUCCACCACCGCCGUCGUCCCCGUCGCGGUCGCAGGGGCGGACUUUCCUUCCUCCGCCUCCACCUCCAUCUCCGUCGUGGUCGCUAGGGCAAUCGCCCCCAUCCCCACCGUCAUCGUCUCCACCGUCGCCGUCGGGGCCGAGGCUCCUCCGCCUCGUUGUCGAGGUCUAUCACCUCGCCGGUCGGAGGGACUCCAGGGGCAACGCCAUGCCCCGCAGGGUCGGUCGUGGGUGCAAAGGGCGGAGCAAAGGUCAGAUCCUGCCCUGUGCCCAGCUGCGGCACCGUUACUCCGGUUGCCACCGCAGGGGCUGCCUUCGCAGUAG